GGGCCAAUCCAGAGGCAGUAAAAUCAGGGCUUGGCUCGGACUGAACUGGAGCUGUCACAGAGACUUGAGACAGAACAAACCCACUUAUUUAAAACCGAAUGUAAAUCAUUUUUACAACAGUGUGUACUUCAACUUUGAAGACAAAUUAGAUAUACAGCUAGAAAUGGCAGGCUCUGAAAAGGUGGACUCUCCGUUGAAAAGCCUCUCCCCAAAGUUGCAAGAGGAGGUCGGGGAGGCCCCUGGUCUAGGCACAAACCCGGAGUGUGCCAUCUGCCUGCAGAGCUGUGUGCACCCAGUGCAGCUGCCCUGCUGUCAUGUCUUCUGUUUCCUCUGCGUGAAGGGGGCAUCUUGGCACAGUAAGCGCUGUGCUCUCUGUCGUCAGGAGGUGCCCGAGGACUUCCUAGAGAGGCCAGUUCUUCUGUCCCCUGAAGAGUUGAAGGCUGCUGCGGCAGGACUGAGCCGGGGGGUGGGAGGCAGUGCUCAUAAGGACUAUGCGUGGUACUACGAGGGGCGCAACGGCUGGUGGCAGUAUGAUGAAAGAACCAGCAAAGAGCUUGAGGAAUCCUUCUCCAAAGGCAAAAGCAGCACAGAGAUGCUGAUUGCAGGUUUCUUGUAUGUGGCCGAUCUGGAGAACAUGGUGCAGUACCGCCGCAAUGAGCACGGACGCAGACGUAAGAUCAAGAGAGAUGUUGUUGACAUCCCUAAAAAGGGGGUUGCUGGAUUAAGGUUAGACCCUGAGCCUAUACCCAAUACACUACCAGCUGAACGAGUACAUUUAGCUGAUGGCUCAGACACAUCAGGCCAGCCCUUACCUGCAGCUUUACGUUUUAUGACAUCUGUUCCCCCUGUAAGACCCACCACGCUCCUGGGUCAUCCUGUGACCAGACUACAUACUCCAACACCUACAUUAGAAGAGACUUUCUCCCAACUCCUGGUCAGCUCUCCAGAGGAGGACGUAGAAGAUGACUCUUCCAGCAGCAGUGAAGAGGAGGCAGACAGAGCCAGAGGAAGAGCACCGUCUCUCAGGCAGAGGCGGCACAGACAGAGGCCGCUCAGUGAGAACCAGCCCCCCAGGCUGCCCCCUAGAGGAGCCCCGCCCAUUGCUACACCUGUGCGCUCACGCAGCCCUGAUGGACAAUGCACUGUGACUGAAGUGUAACCCACAGGUGCAUCACAUCAGACCUGCCUAUUGCUUAAGAUUGUGUCACCAAAUGGGGAAAAAACUGCUUUUCAUUUUCAUGCCAUGAGUGGGCAAAACUCUCUAAUCAUAAUCUUUACACUUACCUUUUGUGUGUGCAGACAUGAUUGCAAACUGCCUUCUCUGUUUUUAGUUGUACUGUAUCGUAUAUUGCACUAUUUCAGACUCACCCAUGUGAUGUGAAAAUUAUUUUUAAAGGAUGUUUUAGAUUAAAUUAUCAUUUAAGAUCCUUAUUGAGAUAUAAGUUCCCUGUGUUAGUCUUAGGGAAAAUGUCAUGUUUACAUUUGUCUUCUCACUGCAUUGCAGGCUCAGCUCAUUCAUAACUUGGCAGAUAGUUAAGUGGCUACCAAAUUAAAUAAUGAUUGGUUCUUUUUCCUUUAUGUGCAAGGCAAAUGGAGAUUACGUAAGAGGUUUGUUUUUGUAGUGGACUUCUAAUUGUGUUGUCAUGCAUACCGCUUUCUGAAAGCGAUUGGCAGAACCACUGGAAAGUAAGGACUAAAAUGUAGUGAUUCACGUUUAGAUCUAUUUCUUCUCAUAUUUUUUGAAAGGCUACCAUCAAAGCCCUGGCACGGACACAUACUUGGAUUUGUCUUCUCUUUUCUUUCUCCAGUUGUUGAACUUGUCAUCAUUUGCUUAACAUGUUAAAUUAUUUGUGUGUGAAACGACAUAAUCAUCUGAUGCUUGUGUUCUGACAGAUCAUUAAAGCAGUUUUAUUUAU